AUGCAGCCUGAGAUUUCUGGUACACCACCCAACAGGAUCCUGAUCACCAUCACGACGGGUGUCAACGGAGAAGCUAGUCUUACUUCUACCGAGACAUCCGAGUCAGACAUCUCAGCUGCUGCCAGCGCUGCCCAAGGAGGCGGGUCCACUUCUUCGCUACUAUCGACGGGAGCCGUCGCUGGCAUCGCUGGAGGGUGUGUUUUAGUCGGGCUAGGCAUUGCGCUGGGCCUCUUGGUGCUCUUGAAGAACCGGAAGAGGGCUGGCCAAGUGGGCAAGGACAGCGUCAACCAAAGCGAUGGCGACGGCGAGAUCAGUCUCAAGUCGCCGGCAAAGCCAACGGCCAAGGCGGCGGCUACCGAGUUGGCAGGGAACUCCGCGGCCAACGACGCACCCCAAGAGCAGCAUGUAUCGUGGGACUUUUCGAUUCAGGGGGUGGAGCUGCCUGAAGACCUCCAGGUGCAAGAAUUGCCCGGCGACAGCUGGGGACUCGGACGGAACUACGAGCUCGAGGAGAAGUACAGCAGAGAAUCUUUGUGGUGGUGGUAG